GCAACUGCUCAGUCAUCCAUCUCUUCCCUUGUGAUGGUCAGAGAUGGACUCGACAGUUGUGCCGUCGUCUUAUUUUCACAAUUGAAGCAGCGGGAUUCCGUGGGUCGUUCGCGUUUCUUAAGAUACAAACGAUAAACUUCAAAUUGAACAGAAUUCUUGAUUGGAUUUUGGCUUAAAGAAAUUAUGGCUGAAUUAAACCUGGGUAUACUAAUAGAUGUUGUGGAUGAAGAAUGGAUGAAAGACACUCUUCCUGAUGACGAUCUUCCCCUGCCUCCAAUGCUGGUUAUAAGGACUGAUGACACCGAGGAUUCAAAUCAGGAGACUCGAAAAGUUGAGGGAGAUGGUUGGCACGAUCUUGCAUUAGGUUCUCAAUAAAUUUUCUUGUCAAGGAAUUGUUUAAGCAGGUGCUUCAUUCAAAGUACUUGAACUGUUGUUGUAUGGAUGUGUAUAUUUUUAAUUGGAUUAUGAAUGUCAUAUAGAUUUGUUGGACCUCAGGCUGUGGAGGCUAUGUUCCUUUCCUGAAGUUGUUGUGUUAACACUAAUUCUGUGAAUUUGUGAGCCGCUACUAACUGGUUUUGAUGUGGAGGCUAGGUUCCUUUCCUGAAGUUGUUGUGUUAACACUAAUUCUGUGAAUUUGUGAGCCGCUGCUAACUGGUUUUGUAUGUUAUCAUUUUUCCUUCACUAUAAUAUUUAGUGGCCAAAUUUGGAAUCUUAGUAUUGUUGUUAUGCCAGAAGAUUUUCCAAAGUGCAUAAUAUAUUAAACAAUAGUGCUCAAAGUCCAAAAUCCCUCUCAAUCCUUUGGAGUUUGUUUUCUUAUAGUGGAAGAUGAACCAACAUAAUUGCAUUCGCCAUGGCAAUAAAAAGAAUGAUAAUUAAGCUUUAUGUGAGGUUGCAGAGCCAAUUUAGCUAGCGUGUGAGCUGCUGAAUUCGAUUCUCUGAGAGCAAGAACAGACGUGGAUCCAGGAAGGGACACUUUGAGAGCUACAAUUCGUCCAAUGCUUGGCAAAUCAUCCUUACCAUACUGAAUGGCUCAAACAAGCUUUUGACAAUCAGAUUCAAGGAUGACAGGAGCUAAUCUGUGCUCCACCACAAGCUAUUGUAUUUUCCGACUCCACCUCAUUAACGUACAAUACAUGCAAGAAAACUAAUAUCCCACCGAUGGUAUAUCUUCGAGCCAAAUUAUGAAUCUGCUAGUUGAUUGUGUG